UCUCAUCAACAUCAAAGCAGGGCUACAAGGAAUUUCAAGCUGAGGCACAACUCCUAAUGAUUGUUCAUCAUCGAAACCUGGUUUCUCUGGUUGGAUAUUGCGACGAGGGUAACACCAAGGCACUCAUUUAUGAAUACAUGGUCAAUGGAAAUUUGCAGCAACGCUUAUCUGAGACAAACACAAAUGUUCUGAGUUGGAAAGAAAGACUUCAAAUUGCAGUAGAUGCAGCACAUGGUCUUGAGUAUCUACACAAUGGUUGCAGGCCACCAAUAAUUCACAGAGAUUUGAAACCUGCUAACAUAUUACUGGAUGAGACAAUGCAAGCCAAAAUAGCUGAUUUUGGGUUGUCUAGAGCUUUUCCAACUGAAAGUCAAACUCAAAUUACAACACAGUUAGCUGGAACACCAGGGUACCUUGAUCCUGAAAGUAAAGCAUGUGGAAAUUUAAACAAGGAAAGUGAUGUUUAUAGCUUUGGGAUAAUCUUGUUUGAGCUGAUCAGUGGAUGCCCUGCAAUAACAAGGAGCUACAAUGGAAAUUAUAUUCACAUUCUGGCGUGGGUUACUCCAAUAAUCAACAGAGGGGAGAUUGGAGAUUUGGUUGAUGUGAGAAUAAAAGGAGAAGUUGACCAAAAUUCAGCGUGGAAGAUGGUUGAGAUAGCCAUGUCGUGCACCCACCCCAGUGGUGACCAAAGGCCAGACAUGAGUGUUGUUUUAGAGGAGCUUAAGGAAUGUUUGGCGGCGGAGCAAAGAACAUCUGAAGAAAUCUAUGAAUUGUCUUCAACAAUAUUUUUAACCGAGUCAGAUGCUGCCCCUUGUCUUAGGUAAUUGUUCUAUAAGUUCAUUCUAUGCAGGUGACAUACAUUUCAUUAUGAUUCGAGUAAAUUGGGUAAUUAAAAGUAUAAAUAAUGGCUUAGAAAGAUAUUUGUUGAAUUAGACAGAAAUAAUUAAGAAAAGGUAUAGUUUUGUUGAAUUGUUUUCGUUUUCAGGCUUAUAACUGAACUGUGAUUUCAUUUUGUAUAUGUUGUAAAACAUAUGUAUAAAUAUGAAUGUAGAUCGAGUAUAAUUUGACGAUUGAGUCACUGCUCGCUGGGGAUUAUGGUUGGAAUAUUGUCUCGAUAUUUCAACAAUUGUAAUCCCUAUGUAUUUUUAUAUAUUUUCAA